AUGACGGUUGAUGAUAUAGACCAAAUGAAGCCGAAUGGUAGUACUGCUCUACAUGUUGCAUGCUAUAAUGGACAUAUUGAAAUCGUUCAGCUGUUGUUGGAGGCUAAUUCAGAUCGAUCAAUAAUGAACAAAUAUAAAUGUUUACCGUUUGAUGAGGGGGCUACAGAAGAAAUCAAAGAACUAUUUCUUCGUGCACCAAACAGUAAUCGUUUAGUGUCGAAUACAGGUGCUAUGGAAUGGGACCUUGUCGACGAUGAAGUUGCAGAGAAAGCGGCUGAAGAUCAAAAAAUCAUUAAGUCUCUAUUUUCAAGCGCAUCGGAUAUUGAUAAAAUGUUUGACAGAAUUGAAAAAAAUUAUAUUGGCAAAAGACUGCAUAACGUUAAAGGAGUCAAAGACAUAGAACGUUAUUUUCGAAAGGCCAGAAAAGAACAAAAUCCAGAACAUAUUAUAAAAGCAUAUACAGCCGAAACCGAUUUCUAUCAUGUUCUAAAUAUUGAAUUGGCUAGUGGCUCAACGAUGUAUAUUCAUAAACGACGGUAUAUAAUAGCUUUAUUACGCCACCAUCCUGCAUUAGAUAAGUAUUCGUAUACUGGUCUGUCGUUCAGAGGAAUGAAAAUCACUGAUGAUGACCUAAAAAAAUAUAAAACUGGCAGUUGUUUAAUGACAAAAUCUUUCCUAUCAACAUCAGUAGAUCGAAAAGUUGCUGAAGCUUUUUCGUUUCAACAGAACUAUGCACAUUCAUCAGUCAUUCCACAUUCACGUGUAAAAGCUGAUGGAAAUUUGGUAAAAUUUCCCGCUAUUUGUACAUACAGAAUACGACAUAAGCGUAGUGGUCUUCAUAUUGAGAAUAUUUCACAAUAUCCAGUUGAAGGUGAAGUGUUAAUUAUGCCACACUAUGUCUUCAAGGUUCAGCAGAUUACGAAAACCGCCUCAACAGUUUUACCAAAUAACCAAUCAGUGGUUGAAUUUGAGUUGGAAGAAUGUGAUCCUUAUCAACAGUGA